AUGGACAACGUUGUUGGCCAGGAAAAUACUCGAAACAAUGUGGCGGAGGAAGAGGUAAUUUUAUGUAAAAAUGAACAAAAGGACGCGGGGGAGAGGAAUGAAGUCGUUGAAGGAGAGGAUUCAAUACUUGAUAAUAAGAACUCAUCAACAGCGACGCAAAAGGACGUUGCUGUAGGUGACCAAAGUAACACAACGGAUGUUUCAGCAAGUGCACCGACAGACAUAUCAACUUCACCGAAAAACAGUUUAGAAACCUUACAAUCAACCCCAACCUCAACAUCUGACCCAUAUAAAACGAACAGCUUGGUUUUUAAUAAACACGAGAUUCUCGUUACCUCAGAUUCACAAACCCACUCUCAUUAUUUAGAUACAGAUAUUGAUCCAAACAACCUUUCAGAGAUUGACGAAAACGGAAUGAUAGCCUUACAAGUUGUCGAAAAGAAAAGCACAAAUCCAUCACCAUCCGAUACAUUAACAUCGACAAUAAAUGCAUCUAAAAUAAUAACGCCAAAACGGAUUAUUCGAAUAGAAAGAGAUUAUUCUCGUGGAGAGUUGUGUCAGUUCCGUACAACUUUUCCAACAGAAAUUGAUGGACGG